GUGACCUUUACAGAGUAGCUGCUGGCGCCCUGCUUUUGACUCGGCCAUGUCUACAUUGUGCCAUAACCAUGCUCGGUCCAACAUCCACCAUCAUCAUUACUCUUUGCGGCGUUAUAUGCUAACGACUAUAAUAGUGCGUAUGCUUAGUCUGCCGGACUGACACCUACACUUAUUCCCGGUUUCCGAGCUACCUGCACUCCUCCGCUCAUCCUCCCACACCUGACGACCAGCGUCCACCUCCUUCCGGCAGUUGGAAGAGGUGGCUUGAUGAAGGUGCGAAACUGAGAUAAGACACCGAGUCUAUCAAAUCUCUUCAUGGAUUCUGCUCCUGGCGUAAACACCAUCUCAGGAGAAGACGGUAUCGUAGCGGGAGCUCCCAAGCCACCACCACCACCCGACUUCGUCUUCGGAUCCUUUCCUCCUAAGGCCGUGGAGCCAGCCAACCUCCUCUCCCAUGCCCCCGGCGAGAACGACCAGGAUCACGGCCUGAGAGAGGUCGUCCGUUUCUUCCAGUGCUGCAAAUGCUCGAGAUUGUUCCGGUCGCCGGUGACGUUGGGGUGCGGCCACCCUUUCUGUCGGAAUUGCCUCGAGCUGGAAGAAGAUGGUACUCCGCUGGAGAACGAGUCUCCGCAGGAUACUGCGGAGGUGCCUUGUCCCUUGUGCGGACGCAGGACCCCCUUGUGUCUUAUACGACCGGAUGUUAGCUUCACGAAGAUCAUGUAUCUCGUAAGAGAUGUACUCGCUGCAGCCAUACGGCAGAGUCCACAGACACCUAUCGCCUUGAAGGAAGAAGCCAUGGACGGAGGACCCCCUGCGAUAGCCUCGGAUCGCUUCACGUAUCCUCACGGCGGUAGAUUAUUAGCAACCUUUGCCAUGGCCGAUAAAGGCCUGCUCCGAUAUCCUGCCACCGUCAUCUACGAGGACCAUCCUCGUGCCGACAAUGAUCGUCUAGACGCUGCCCUCCUUGGCCAACUGCGUCUGGCAUUGCGCCCGGAGCUCGACUGCCCCAUCUGUCAGUCCAUCCUUCUCAAGCCGACAACACUAUCAUGCGGCCAUACCUUCUGCAGACACUGCAUCUUCCGCGCGUCCGACAACACGGGUUCCUGCAGAUGUCCCGUCUGCCGCGAGCCGAUCCGCUUCGUGAACAAGUACAAGGGCCUCCCGACGAACGAGUGGCUGGUCUCUCUCGUCGACAGCCUCUACUCCGAGGAAAUCUUCGAGUGGGGAUGCACCGUCCGCGAAGACGAGCAACCGGGCACUACCCACAUGCCCAUGCCCUUAUUCAUCUGCGCCGCCCUCUUCCCCGGCCUCCGCUGCACCUUCCAAGUCUUCGAGGAACAGUACCGCCUCAUGAUCCGCAGAUGUAUCCAACACGGCGACCGAACCUUCGGCGUGGUCAUGCGCAACAUGGACAAAGCCCCGCAAGGCCCUCUCGGAAUCACGGACUUCAUGGAGUACGGCACCAUGAUGCAAAUCGUCGCAUGGGAGUACAAACCCGACGGCCGCUCCCUCAUUCAAGCCCGCGGCCUGCACCGUUUCCGCAUCGUGCAACACGGCGUACACGACGGAUACAGGGUCGCCGAUGUUGUGAGAGUGGACGACCUUUCCUUGGACGAGGAAAUUAGGGCGGAGCGGAGGGAAAUGGCAAUUGCCAGACAUCUUCGGUCUCGCGUGCCUGACAACGCCGACGAACCCUUACCACUACCACGACAACCGUCGAGAUCGACAUGGCCUUAUCCUCCAGAACUGAACUCCCUCAACAUGUUCGAGGUCCACGACCGCGUCCUCGCGCUAGUAAACCAACUCCUCUCCACCAUCAACGACGCCAAGAGCGAGCGCACGCGGAGACUCUACGGCGAGUGUCUCGGCAAUCCGUAUUGGGCUGCCAUGGCGUGCGGCAUGCCGAGCGAGCUGCGGUAUGAGAUGCUCGUGACGUUGAGUGAGAGGGAGAGGCUGAAGAUGGCGUAUGGGUAUGUGGUGGGUUUGCUGGGGAGGAUAAAGGGGGAUGGGUAGGUGGAUGCGGCGUUUUGUGUGGUGGAUGAGGAGUAUGGAUGAUUCGUGGGUAUAGGGGGGAGAGGGGUGAGUGUGGUAUUUUGUAGGGGCGUUGGACUUGGUUGCGCUUUGUUGCGUGGUGAGGGAGGGAGUUGUAGGGAUGGGGAGUGUGGGUGAUUUGUGGGUGUAGGGGGGUUGGGUUUUGCUCUGUUGCGGGGUGAGGGAGGGAGUUUUUGGUGCUAAUUGGGCUUUUUUGUUGUCACUCAUAGAUGGCGUUGUGGAACUACGGAGGGG